ACCCGUGCGCGUGCGCACUCCGCAGUCCUUUCAGGAGACGGCGCUCGCAGGUCGCUUGCGAUCUGGCGUUCCUGUCGCGCACCAGUUUCCUUCUAGUCCCUUCCCUGGACCUGGGGGUCUCGGGCACCGCUCUCUACUUGGGCGGGUCUGCGAAUCCUUGAAGGGUCUGCGGGGGAGCUCGCAGGGGACACGGUGGACCCGAGAGUGUAAGCGCGGAAGAGCCGCGGGAACGGACAGUGGAGGAACGCCAAGCAGCAUGGCAGAAAACAGGGAGCCCCGAGGGGCCGUGGAGGCUGAGCUCGACCCAGUGGAAUACACCCUUAGGAAACGACUUCCACACCGCCUGCCCCGGAGGCCCAAUGACAUUUAUGUCAACAUGAAGACUGAUUUUAAGGCUCAGCUAGCCCGCUGUCAGAAGCUACUGGAUGGAGGGUCCCGGGGUCAGAACGCAUGCACUGAGAUCUACAUUCAUGGCUUGGGCCUUGCCAUCAACCGUGCGAUCAACAUUGCCCUGCAGCUGCAAGCGGGCAGCUUUGGGUCAUUGCAGGUGGCUGCCAAUACCUCCACUGUGGAGCUUGUCGAUGAGCUGGAACCAGAGACUGAUACACGAGAGCCGCUUACCCGCAUUCGCAACAACUCAGCCAUCCACAUCCGUGUCUUCAGAGUCACCCCCAAGUAGCUGAAAUGAGGCUGGCCCUCCUCUGUCUUCAUACACUCCUCUAGGCCCAGAUGUGGCUUUCCUGAGUACUGUCGUGGACUUCCUGCCAGAGCCAUGUAAGACAAGGCCUGUCCCUCACAGCCCAGAGGACUCUGAAUUGAAAGUGGGUUGGGAGGAGUAUUACCUCUUUCUGGGCCCAAGCAGUGGGUCUUCCUGAGUCUGUUUGAUCUAUGGCUCUUGUCCUAUACAAUAAAAAGUACCAAGUUGUGUUAGUGA